UUUAAAUAGGGUUUGUUUUAUCUUAUCGGAUCUAUCAUCAAAGCAGAAGAGAAGAUGGAGUUUCCAGCUGGUCAAUAUAACCAUCAACCAAGUAAAAUGUCUUCAGAAGAUGAAGCUACCAGACCCAAAAAAAGACAAAGAAUGUCAGUUGUGUGCUUGAAUUGUAAGGCCAGAAAGAUCAAAUGUGACAAGAAGAGGCCAAGCUGUACCAAUUGUGUCAAGUGCAACGUUGGCCACCUUUGUCGGUAUGAAGCUCCUCAUUGGGUCAACAGAGUGAUCAAUACUGAAGGUCAAUCAAAGCUAGAUAAUGGAGAAAAAGAGUUGUUACCCCAGGUUCUUACUGGGCCUAAUUCUGGUGGUAAUGAAGCUGCAUUGCAAGAAGAAGUCAAGAGGCUAAGAAACCGGUUAGAAUCCAUCGAAAACUCUUUGGUUCAGUCACCAGAUUCUUCGUCCCAAAAAAGCAUCAAAAGAGAGUAUGAAGAUGAUAUCAUUGACUUUUAUGGGGCCUACAAUAGUUUGACAAUAAAGAGAUCGGGAAUGCUAGAUCACAAACCUUUGUCUUCUUCGGCCAUUACAAAGAAAGAUCAUUUUUUAUCAUUGGUCUCGGGCUAUAUGUUCCUAUGUAACUUUUUAAAAGGUGCAACUUGUAAGAAACAAAAAGUUAAAAUGGAUAAAAGAUUGGACAACUCUCUUUUAAUGUGUCUUGAGCUAUUAGGUGAAAGGCAAUCUCCUCACUUGGAGGAUAUAAUCUCAAGAUUCGGAAAAGAAAGAUUCAACUCUGAUCAGGAUAACAAAAGUGCUUUAUUUCCAUUGACAUCUCUAACAAAUAUUUCAAAACCCUUAUAUAUUGAUGAGUUACGUUCUGAUAUUGAGAAAAUGCUUCCACCGAAAUCAAUCAUUGAGUCGUAUUUGGACAGGUUUUUCAAAUACAUCUACCCUUUCUUUCCUGCCGUUGAUGAAAAGUUUUAUAGGGCUAGAAUUGAAAAGUUUAUAAUGCAAGAAGAUCAAAACAGUCCAGCAGUCAAAUUGGUGUUUG